GGUGGAGGAGAUCGAGGCGGUCUUGCUCCUGCUCGUCAUUAGGUAGGAUGUAAGCACCCGAACGGUAUCCGUGGUAUCGCCUUCCAUUGGAGUAUUCAUAGUUCAGGAUAGUUGAUGUGAUGGACGUGGAUGCCGUGGAUUCGCCGCCGAAUGCCGAAUCGCUAUCGCUGUUGCUGGCCGUGUCGACGUCGAGAUGCAGGACGGAUUGCAGGUUGCCCUCGGCUGCUGAAUCCUGCGGGGCUGACAUGCUGUGUUCCAAGAUUCUUUUCCAAGAGCGCUCCUGCACUCGCGGGGUCAGGCCUCGCCUUAUAUCUCCCACCUCUCUACUUUCGUCGGCCAUGCCGUAGGAUCCAAGAUGCCGGGUCAAACGCACCCCAUUCCAUAAUCAGUCUGUAAACCACCACAUGCCUUAGCGACAUGUAGGAGCGCACUCUGCUCUCUAAAGAGCGCUUCGCCGCCUGAUCGGUUUACUGUCUCUCUGACAGCCAGCCGUCAUGUCUCUUUUCGCUCUGUGUCUGCUGGCGUACUUUGUGUACCUCCUCGCACGUGUCUUUUACCGCCUAUAUUACCAUCCACUAUCCCGCUUUCCUGGCCCCAGGAUCGCGGCAGCCACAAGCUGGUACGAGGGAUACUACGAGAUUGUCCACAAGGGACAGUACUCGAGGCAAAUCUCCAAGCUCCACGAUGUCUACGGCCCUAUUGUAAGAGUGACGCCUGAUGAACUGCACAUACGAGACCCAUACUUUUACGACCAAGUCUACGCCAAAAACGUCCACCUUGACAAGGAGGGCUGGGACAAGAGGUUUGGGUGUGCAGGCGGCCUGCUGCCGACCGUCGACGCGGAGCAGCACAAGCGACGCCGUGCAGCGUUGGCUCCCAUGUUCUCUCGCCGCUCCAUCCUCGACUUCAUACACAUUAUCUACCGCCAUGUCGACACCCUCUCCGUGCGCAUGCAAGAGUUUGAGGCUCAUGCAGAGCCGCUUAAUUUAUCCCAUGCCUUCCCGGCCCUGACAGGCGACAUCAUCAUGGACUACUUCUUCGGCUUCAACUACAACCAGCUCAAGCAUCCUGAAUUCGAGUCAUUCCAUGACGCCUUUAUCCAGGUUGGCGGUGUGGGCCACAUCGCUACGCAGUUGCCCAUGAUUCUUCCCAUUCUCGACUGUAUCCCUGACCGAAUCAGCGGCUGGCUGCAGCCAGCAGUGAAGCCAGUGCUCAAGUUCAAGCAGGAUAACCGGAAUCACAUUGCGCGCACUUUGCAUGGCGAAGACAUCAAAUCCAACGACGCGAAGAAGACCAUCUUCCAAGAGAUCGUCGCCUCCAAGCUACCUGACUCAGACAAAACGCAGAAGCGUCUCGAGGAUGAGGCGCAAAUCAUCAUUGGAGGCGGCGUAGAGACUACUGCCUUCUCCCUGUCCACUGCUGCGUUCCACAUCAUCAGCACCCCACGCAUCUACGAGCGUCUUCACAGAGAGCUCGUAGAAGCUUUUCCCAACAGAGAUGACCUGGAUCUCGCCCCACUGGAGAAGAUGCCGUACUUCAAAGCCAUCAUCAUGGAAACCGCUCGCAUGAGUUACGGCCUGAGUGCCAGAAACCCCAGGACACACAAGACACCUUUGCAGUAUGGGGAGUGGGUUAUCCCCGCAAAUACUUGCAUUUCCAUGACCAUCCCCGAAGUCUCGCACGACGAAACUCUCUUCCCUUCCUCCCGCACCUUCAUCCCAGAGCGCUGGCUCAACGAUCCCAAGACUGCCGAUGGUAUUCCUCUGGAGCGCUUCAUGGUUUCUUUCGGUCGCGGUACGCGCAAUUGUCUUGGUAUAAAUCUGGCGUAUGUGGAGCUGUACCUCACGCUGGGCAUGAUGUUCCGGAAGUACAAGUUUGAGCUGUAUGAGAGUGAUGUCAGUGAUGUGGAGUUGGGUCACGAUUUCUUCAUUCCGGUUGCGAAGCUGGAUAGUAAGGGGUUGAGGGUUUUAGUUACGAGAACAGAGGACUGAGGCUUCUCUCCUUCCUUGCGACCAGAGGAGGUUUUAAUCUUGCAAACUUAUUCUGACGGGUCAUCUUGAGAGGUCAUCUUGAGGCCAUCAUUCCACGGCGUUAUACCUGGAAGAUAUAGCCCCCAGGCUCAUACAUCCAACUACCCAGUCAUAAUCUCACAUAAGCAUACUCCCCCCAUCUGUCCUUACCAUUGUCCCAUCAACAUUAUAAUCCCUCAACAAACCCAAAAACGUCUCCGCCACAUCCUCCGGCCUGCCUACCCUCCCUGUCGCCAUCCUACUCUCCAUUCCCCGCAUAAUC